CAGAGGGCGCACCGGCAAAUUUUAGAAAGAUCGGAUUCGAACGAGUUUGCAGCUGUGUCGGCGUCUUGAGCUCUUGGAUGCGUGUCAUAUAAAUUGUUGUUUGGCUUUAUUUUAUCCCCAAAAAUCAUGGCAUCUAAAGAAAUGUCAGAAUGGAUUAAAUUCUUCACAAGUGCUGGAGUACCCGCUGGUGCAGCAACCACGUACGCAGUCACGUUUAUAGACAAUCGUAUACAGAAGACAAUGCUUCUUGAUAUAACAAAGGAAUACCUAAAGGAAAUGGGCAUAAAUGUUAUGGGAGAUAUCAUAGCCAUCCUUAAGUACUGUAAAACCUACCAUGCACAGUAUGAACGUGAGAAGCCAGCCAUAUCGGCAAUGCAAGUGGCGGCUGAUGGUAAAGUAGAAGUUAAACGGCAAACAACUGCUGGCAGUCGAAUGCUUGAACACUACAUGCGCAAACAGGGUGUAAUGGACGGACCCGAUACUAAGGUGAAGGUGUCUGCAGGAAUGGCGGCAAGGCUUGGGGCAGUACCAGCAGUAGGUGCUAAGAAGAAUUCUGUAACAAUGCCUCAAUCAGUUGAGGUGGUCCCCGUCAAGAAAGUCAGGCGAGUAACACCGGAACAGGAAGGCAAGUACAUCAUAAAUAUGCCGGAGGGGAGCACUCCAAGAACAAAGAAAAUCCUGGAGGAGCAACGAAUCAAAGCUGCCGCUGAUGGCCAAGGUAGGAAGACAGUGUUCGACAGACUAGGGGGUGGAAGCAAAGAUGACUCAACAGCCUUAAAAAAAAUAGGAAGUCCAGAUUCUGUUUUCUCAAGACUGGGUGGAAAGAAAAGGGUUCGAUCAUUGUCUGAUACUUCUGAUUCUAGUUCUAUUUGUGAGUAUGGGGGCGUUUUGAGAACGCCACCAAACAGCACCGGGAAGAUCACAGCCAGUAUUGGAAAGAGGACUAAAGUGGCAGUACUGUCUCCUACAACAUCCAGUGUCUCCCAACGUCUAGGUGCCAAGGUUACCCCCAAGAAGAUCCAAGCACCAGUCUCAUCCACCUCUAGCACUUCAAAGAUGGAUCAAGUCAACUUGAAAAUGAGCAUUAAGGAUCGGUUAGGGCAACAGAAACCAGAGGUAUCCAGCACAAGUCAAAUUUCCGUACCAGCAAGAGCUCAAAUCAGAAAAACUAAUACAGUUCUCAAAAAGACCAUCAUCAGUACAGAUAAGUCUGGUGUAAAGGGUAGGCUUGGUAAUAAAGAAAGUUUAGGUAUCAAAAAAGGUGGAGGAGUGGUCAAGAGGCUUGGAACACAAUUGAAACAAACAGUGACCGUUCGAAUCCCGAAAGAGAAAGACAGCCUAGGCCAGUCUGUAGGGAUGUUUGCACGCCUGGGAGCACAAGGAACUUCUGCUGCUAGCCCAAGCAUCAAAGAAAGACUCGGACUUCAGAAAGCUGAGGCAAGCUCAACUACUCCAUCAAUUACCAUCAUGGUCAACAAGAAAAAGGCAAGCUUACAAUCAGCAAAAUUAAAUAUGAAGAAAAAAUCCAGCUUAAAUAUUACAAGGACAGUGUCAAAUUCUGGUGGUUCUUCAAAUGUAUUUAGCAGACUAGGGACAGCCGAGUAGCAUUUUGGUAAUUCCAGUAACUAUAGAAUUCAUAAUUUAUGGUCUCAAUAAUCUGUGUAGCUGGGGUAGAUUGCAAUAUUGAACGUCUAUGAAUGACAAUCGUAACGCUACAAUACACGAGUCUAUAAAACAUUGUUUUUCCACGAUCUAUUUGUAGGAAUCUGUUUGUAGGAGGCUGUUUUUGUUUGAUAGUGCCAUUUUCAGCCAUCUAGAGAUGACGACAUAGCCGUAAAAUUGUGUACCAUGGUGAGGUUGUUAAAGGUCCUGGACCCCUCUAUUUAUAAUUCCUGAUUUCACCACUUAUAAUCCACCAGUCAAGACUUCUGUUCAAUACCAUUUUUCAGCACCCCACCUGUCUUAUUAAAAUCGUCAAAACAAAUUAGUAUUUCUUCAAAGUUUGAUACAUUGUCCUUAUUUACUGUUCAUUUUAGUUAUCAAGGAAUGUUUUACCCCAGAUUUUACCAAUGCUGAACGAUUUUCCUAGUCUAGUAUUUUUGUUUUAAUUUUUUGAUAUACUAUACUUACUAUACCUGUACUGUACUAGCAUCUUAUUUUUGAACAGCUGUACAUUGAAUAGAGCUUGGUUUUAUAAGCAUAUGUGUGUGUUGUAGGUGCGUGUGGAUGUUUGUUUUGAGUAAGGUGAGCCAAAAAUAAUACAUUUCAUGUAUUAAAUAUAUUAAUUCAAAUUGCUUGAAAUUAUAGAUCAUUCUGAUUAAUCAUUUUUAAUUUAUCAUUAUAUCAAUAAACACAUGUCAAGAAGCAAUUUAAAAAUAGGAAAUAUAUACAGUAGGAAUGUUUAUGAAGGGUUAGUAAUGCCAAUGAGUCACUCACACCACAUACACUCUAUAUCUAAUGCAGGAAAUUAGAAAGUAUACAACAAUGAUGUUAAUAUAUCCACAUACUGUUGCUAUUAAACACACAUGGAUUAUUUAAAGCUUUAUUAAGAGCUGACUAUAUAAGAUUGUCUGCUUCUGUAUUUGCAUAUUUAAAUACUAAAAAUGUGAUGAGUGUUAAAGGUUAAGUACAGUAAUGAAGAUUUUAAAACUUCUGUAAAUGGAAUUAAAUGCUCAUUAAAAUUCUGUAAAUUUGUAAAU